GUUGUCAUCGCCACUUUACCAGUCUCCGGAGCUCCCGAAGCAAGAAACACACAUUUCGUUCGCCAUUAUAAAACCGAAACCAAGCAAUUUCGCUUCUCUGGCUACCUCUAUUACUAAUACACUCCUCCUAUUCUCUACUCCUUCGUCUUUGAUUCUUCGGAGGCCCUUUGGAGCUCUCAUCAUGGCUGCGUCUGUUGCUGGAUCCAACGUCAUUGCCUUCAAAUCCGCCGGAAGCUCUGCAAAUUUUGGAAGUUCCGGUGACCGGAGAGUCGCUCAGGUCCGUCAAUGGUCUCCCAUUACUAGUGGAGUAGGACAACUGCAGUCUCGCACUGUCCUUCAGUGUAGAUCGAGGAGUUCAUUUGCUCCCUCUGGUGUAAGAGCUCAGGUUGCUGCUGCUGAAGCAGCAAGCGCCGAGGCCACACAGAAGUUGGAAGCACCUGUUGUUGUAGUGACCGGAGCUUCUAGAGGUAUUGGUAAAGCAAUUGCCUUGUCCUUGGGAAGGGCUGGUUGUAAGGUCUUGGUAAAUUAUGCCAGGUCAUCAAAAGAGGCUGAUGAAGUUUCCAAAGAGAUUGAGACUUAUGGUGGUCAGGCUCUCACUUUUGGUGGAGAUGUUUCAAAAGAAGAUGAUGUGGAAUCAAUGAUGAAAACUGCUAUUGAUGCGUGGGGAACAGUUGAUAUACUAGUCAAUAAUGCAGGAAUAACACGAGAUACAUUGUUGAUGAGAAUGAAGAAAUCUCAGUGGCAGGAGGUUAUUGAUCUGAAUCUCACAGGUGUAUUCCUUUGCACACAGGCAGCAGCCAAAAUCAUGAUGAAGAAGAAAAAGGGAAGGAUCAUUAACAUAGCAUCAGUUGUGGGUUUAGUUGGCAAUGUUGGGCAAGCCAACUACAGUGCAGCAAAGGCUGGAGUUAUUGGACUUACAAAGACUGUUGCAAAGGAAUAUGCAAGCAGAAAUAUUAAUGUAAAUGCUGUUGCCCCUGGAUUCAUUGCAUCUGAUAUGACGGCCAAACUAGGGGAGGAUAUUGAGAAGAAAAUCUUGGAGACAAUCCCCUUGGGAAGGUAUGGCCAACCGGAAGAGGUUGCAGGAUUGGUAGAAUUCCUGGCCCUUAGUCCUGCUGCCAGCUACAUCACUGGACAGGUAUUCACCAUUGAUGGAGGAAUGGUUAUGUAAUUUAGCUUGCUGCCCUGAGUGGUUGAGCCUGAAAAGUUUCUAUACUCCAGAAUGACUAGGCGGUUUUUGAUUUUAUUUACUUCUGUAAUAAACAAAUGCUUUGAAGUUUUGAUAUGAUCUCAGUUAAUUAUGUUAGCAAAUGUAUUAACAGUUUUCCUAAAGCAUAGUUAACAUAUGGAAUGUGGCUUUUGUUUUUUUUUUUUUUUU